AUGACACUUGCCGAGGUGAUUUGCCGAGAUAUUAAUGAAUGUAGUGCGGACCAAAACCCUUUUGGUUGCAAUCAGAUCUGUAACAACACAGUUGGUUCAUUCACCUGUUCCUGUAAUGAUGGGUAUUCUUUACAAGACGAUAAGAGAACAUGUGUUGAUAUAAAUGAAUGCCUGAAAUACAAUGGUGGUUGUAAUCACACUUGUAGCAAUACGGAUGGUUCAUACAUCUGUUUAUGUUACACCGGAUACCAUUUAAAUGGAAACAAUGGAACAUGUGUCGACAUUGAUGAAUGCCUCGUAAACAACGGUGAUUGUAAUCACAUAUGUAUCAACACAGAUUGUUCAUUUAACUGUUCAUGUAACAAUGGGUAUGAUUUAAAUGGAAACAACAUAACAUGCGUCGACAUUGAUGAAUGCCUCGUCAACAACGGUGGUUGCAGUCAUGUGUGCACCAACACGGAUGGUUCAUAUAUCUGUUCCUGUACCGACGGAUUUGAAUUACUAGGAAAUGAGAGAACAUGUAUCGAUAUUGACGAAUGUAUCGUGGAUAAUGGGGGUUGUAAUCACAAAUGCAGCAACACAGACGGCUCGUUUACCUGUUUUUGUAAGGACGGAUUUAGUGUACAUGAACAUAAUAGAACAUGUGUCGAUAUAAACGAAUGUACUGACGGUAACGUUGGCUGUGAUCAAAUAUGUAACAAUUUCGAUGGCUCGUUUAGCUGUUCCUGUAACGACGGGUACAGUUUAGAUGGAAAUAAUAGAACAUGCAUAGAUAUUAAUGAAUGUCUAAGUAACAAUGGUGGUUGUGAUCACGCCUGCAGCAACAAGGACGGCUCGUUUGUCUGCUCUUGUAAGGACGGGUAUAGUUUACAUAAAAAUAACAGGACAUGUUUCGAUAUUGAUGAAUGCCUUAAAGACAACGGGGGCUGUGAUCACAUGUGUAACAACACAAAUGGACAUUUUACCUGCACCUGUAAGGACGGAUAUAAUUUACAUGAAAAUGACAGGACCUGUAUCGAUAUGAACGAAUGCCUCAACAAUAACGGUGGUUGUCUUCACACAUGUAGCAACACGGAAGGUUCUUUCUUGUGUUCCUGUAACGACGGGUUCGACUUACAUACUGACAGUCGAUCAUGUAUCGAUAAUAACGAAUGUCUUGAUAACAACGGUGGUUGCGAACUUAUUUGCACCAACAUUGAUGGCUCAUUCAUCUGUUCCUGUAGCGACGGGUAUAGUUUACAUGAUGACAAAAAGACAUGUGUUGACAUAAACGAAUGCCUUGCUGAUAAUGGUGGUUGCGGUCAGGUAUGCAUCAAUGUUAAUGGGUCUUUCAGUUGUUCAUGCACCGACGGAUAUAUACUACAUGUAAACAAAAAGGAAUGCAUCGACAUUAAUGAAUGUCUUGAUAAAAAUGGUGGCUGUAAACACAAAUGUGAAAAUCUUGACGGAUCAUUCAAAUGUAUAUGUCAAGACGGGUACAAUCUUGACUUUGAUUUGGUUUCAUGUUUCGAUAUAAACGAAUGUGCAGACCAUAAUGGUAAAUGUGAAGAGAAGUGUAUCAACUUCGAUGGAACAUACAAAUGUGUUUGUGAACAGAAACGACUUUUGAAUGAGGACGGUUUAACAUGUAAAGAUGUGAGUGAACAAGUGGUAUCUUCAUCUAUUCGCCUCUCUGUAGGAAGUGAAAAAUCUUUAAGAAACUACUUUUUAUAUACAGAAAUAAGGAAAACAUUGGAAAGAUACUUCAGAACGGCAACUAAAGCUUCUGUUUACGUUUAUGUCAACAGUAUAAGAGCCGGAAGUAUUAUUGUAGAUUACACAGUCGUUAUUGAUGACAAGGAAAAUCAGACUUUGGUAGCUGAUACUGUUGUUCAGGCAAUUAUGGAUCUAGAUGAAGAAGGAAGCCUUGACAUUGGCGGACGUCCUGUUUCCGUCAAACCGAUAUUACCAACACAUGCAGACCCAUGUUACCUACGGGAACUUUUUGCAGGACAGUGUGACAAGAAUAGUCGUUGUCAAGUUGUUGGCAACAAGCCAAUUUGUCGAAAUACGUAUGAAGAAAGUAUCAAAGAAGACUAUCUAAAUAUUGUUGGACCAGUCUUGGGAGCUGUUGUCUUCGUAGUGGCAGUAAUAUUGUUGAUAAUUUGUGCGCUGCAUAUUAGACGCUACCGAAAACAAUGAUGGAUGGACAAUGAUGACCAUAUUGGUUCUGAGUAACAUUCAAGUUGUUCAUGUAUUUCACAGAUGGCGCUUUUACGCAAACGUUAUUUUCAAAUGUUUAGACAUUCAUAUUUUACGCGAGAAUAUUAGCAAUGUAUUUCAUAUCACUUACCUUUAAUCAGAAAUGUCAUACAUAUGAUUCAUUUACUUUUCAUCAUACAUAUACAAGCUUAUUUUGUAAUAAUUGCAAAAUGUAACUUCAAAUGACUGUAAUAUAAUAUAUUUUUCGACUUCAUAUAAUGAGAGUCAUUCGGUUUGUCGUCAGAGCGUGUGUUAUGGACUGUCGAGUGCAAACUACCACCCACGUCCCCUAGCACCGGCUUAAGAAGAAUUCAACAUUUAAACAUGAAAUGGUGAAAAUUCAUACAGCGUUUAUCAUGGACUUUUAAUGUGUAACUUUCGUACUUGAAGCUGCUCCAUGAAAAGCGACAUAUGUUCCCUGAGUAAAAAUAAAUGUGUGUCCUAAACUGAAAGACAAUGGGCGGAACUAAACAAAAUGGAAUUUUUAAACGUGAUCAUAAAUACUACAGUGAAGACGUACAAAGACAUAUUUAAAAAAAUGAAACUGGCAAUUAAUUACAUUAUAAAUUGGAUAUAACAUUAUCAUCUUUUCGGAAAUUUAAAGCAAUUAUCCUGUAUAUAAUAUUAUCGUACCUCUUUCUCUGCAGCUGACUCCUUGUUAUACUGCCUAUUAUCUGCUUUUUUAUAAAAAAUAAUAAAACCUAAAAAAA